UAAGGCACCAUUAAGGCGCCUUAUAAAAGAAAUUGCAAAAAGUAUCAAACCCGGGAUAAGGUUUCGGGCCGGCGUAAUGGAUAAAAUCCAAGAGUCGUCAGAGAAACAACUACGAUAUCUCUUUAGAGAUGCAAAUUUAUGCGCAUCUCAUGCAAACAGGACGACAUUGAUGCCAAUAGACCUCGAAUUCGCAUCACAAUUUCUUUUACAGAAAUAUGAUUGUAUUCAGAAGAUGCAUAUUAUCAAAACUACUGAGGAUGACAACCUUAAUAAUGAUAGUCUAGCUCAACUUAUUGAAGCUCAAAAUCAAAUCAAAGAAUUAUACAUUUUUUUAAAAAAUUAUAUAGUUUUUUCUGAUAAAUUAAUAAAUGCAGUUUCAAAACAUUCAAAUUCAAUAAUCGACUACAAAAGUAUUGGAAAGAGUAAUUUAGAUCUUCUAUUAGUACAGAAAUUUCAAAACCUAGAGUAUCUAAACUUAAAAAGUAAUAAAAAUAAUUGA